CCCAAGGACCUGUUUCCCUUCCUAGCGCGUAAUGUUCCCCAUGCCGAGUUCCCCGUGGGGACUGCUGCCACUGGUGUCGUUCGAUGCAGGUGUCCAGAGUGUUCGGAACCGAGCAAAUGGCUCGCCGAAACCUCCCGUUCCAAUUUGUAUAAAGUCUUUAGAAUUCGCCUACCUGGCUCCUAAAAGAGGUUUAUCCAGAUCAUCUAGAAUCAUUUCUUUAAUCCUAAUACUUCCGACUAGAUCAUCUCAUCUAAUUCUCUUUCACAAUGGACGCCAAAACAGCAGCAACAACCGUCGUCGCCCACGACCAUAUCGAGAAACUCGCCAUUGCGGACGAAGCCGUUAUAGAGGCAACCGAGAACCAAGACCUGACCCCCAAGCAACAAUAUCAGCGUCUUUGGGCGAACCUCAAGCAAGACAAGCGUUAUGUCUUCUGGGCACUCUACAUCAUGUCCCUCGUCUUUGGAUGGGGUUACGACUCUGGACUUUCAGGAGCUGCCAUAGCCUUCCCCGAGUUCCGCAAGGCUUAUGGAGACUACUACCAAGUUGGAGACCAAUAUGUUAUUCCUGCCCUUUGGCAAUCUCUGUGGAACGCUGCCAGCACCAUCGGUCAGGUUUUCGGUGCCUUCCUCACUGGCCAAUUCGCCGACACCGUUGGCCGCAGAGCCGUCCUCUGGACAGCCGUUAUUCUCUCCCUUUCCUCCUCGUUUGCACUGGUAUUCGCUCCAAGCCUACCCGUACUCUUCGUCUCCAAGCUGCUGCUCGGUUUCUCAGUCGGCUUGUCAACCGUUACGCCUCCCCUCUACGUUACCGAGAACGCUCCUCCGGCCCUUCGAAGCUCCCUCAGCUCGUUGACCAACGUCAUCAUCGUUCUCGGUUUCUUCCUGUCUUCCAUCACAGCAUGGGGAUCCUCCAAAAUUCACGGUCAAUGGAGCUACCGCCUGGCGUUCGCCAUGACUUUCCUUGUCCCGACACUCUUCAUGAUUGUCCUGCCGUGGCUGCCCGAGUCGCCGGUGUGGUACGUCAAGAAGGGUAGGGACGACGACGCCCGUAAGGCGAUCUUCAAGCUCUACGGCAAGAACGUCGACGUUGAAGAGAGACUCAACUUUAUCAAGUCUGAGCUUGAGCUUGCGGCAGGAGAGGCAAAUAUGGCUAAGCAGACCAGCUGGAGAGCGAUCUUCUCCAAGGAGCACCGUUUCCGUACGCUUGUUGCGGUUCUUGGAUUACAGUCGCAGAACUUCUCUGGUGGAUACUUUGCAAACACUUACCAAACCUACUACUUCGAGCUCAUCGGCCAGUCCGAUCCCUUCGGACUCACUGCGAUCUCCUCCACUCUUCAAUUUCUCUCGAACUGCGUAGCAGUCACAGUCUCCGACGUCCUCCCUCGCAGAAAGUCUUUGGUUGGCGGCGGCGCAUUGCUGUGCUGCUGGUCCAUCAUCAUCGGUGGCACAUCUCUCGCUGGGACUGGAAACUACUCGGCAAACAUGGCUCUUCUCGCAUUCAUGAUCACAUGGUCGAUGUUGUAUACCGCUACAGUGGGCUGCUUCGGCUGGGCUGUUGCUCAGGAGACUGCCUCGCAAGCCACCAGACCCAAGACCAUCGCCUUCAGCUUGGUCUGCCAGCAGCUCACGGCUCUCUUGCUGUCCUCGGUGUUCCCGUUCUUCAUCAACCCUGAUCAGCUGAACUGGGGCGGAAAGAUUAUGUUCCUCUUUGUCGGCGCCGAGGUAUUCGUUCUUGGGCUUCUCUUCUUCUUCCAGCCCGAGACGAAGAACAGAACCUACCAGGACAUCGAUCACAUGUAUGCCCAGGGAAUUCCGGCAAGAAAGUUUAGCGAAUACGUUGUGGUGGAUGGAGUAGCCGUCAAGAAGGCCACUUCUUGAGACGGUGUAGAGUACAGUUUUUCAUAGGCACAGGAAGGUUUUCGAGUCUGUUGUUUAUCUAGGUUUCCAAACCACGUCUUCAUACAAAGCGAACUGCUUUCAAGUUUUGAAAUUUCAGCCUAAAUUUUGGCAAAGGAUGGGGAAGAGAUACCACGCUAGUAAUGCAAGUUCCUUACUUGGGUUAGUUCAGAAA